AGUACUGAUAAAUGAGCUAAAAGGGGAGCAGGAGGAUAGAGGGAGGGAUAAUAAGCAUUUGGAAGGAAAAGGAAGAACGAAAAUUAAUUCAUUUUUACGUUUCCAUCUGCCCCCACGCGGGAUUAAGGUGCCACGAAAGGAUCAUUAGUAAGCUCACUACAACACACCCACAGCACAUUCUCCAGCACGGCGCGGUGAAGCUUAGACUGGUCCAGCUUUAGAAGCGCACAAACCGGCACAAACAAGCACCCAGCAGGGCGUCGCAGCCUCCAACGGGCACCCUGAAGAAACCAUUUGGGGUGUUAAAGCGGGCGAGGACCAUGGAGGGCCCAGUCAACGGCUCAGAACUCCGGAGCCAGCUCCCUGCAGUCAGCCACAACAUCAGCUUCUGUCGGAACUUCACUGACAACGGCAGCUUUUCUGAGACGCGAUGCGACGAAAACAUUGGACUGACCAGCAGCCUGGAGGAAGACGCCAACCCGGUGAUCAUUGCGAUCAUAAUCACCGCUCUUUACUCCAUAGUUUGCAUGGUGGGGCUGGUUGGUAACGUGCUGGUUAUGUACAUCAUUGUAAGGUACACUAAAAUGAAAACUGCCACCAACAUCUACAUCUUUAACCUGGCUUUGGCAGACACCUUGGUCACCAGCACGCUACCCUUCCAGAGCGUUAACUACCUGAUGGGCACCUGGCCAUUCGGCGACAUACUGUGUAAAAUGGUUAUGUCCAUCGACUACUACAACAUGUUCACCUCCAUCUUCACGCUCACCACCAUGAGCAUUGAUCGCUACAUCGCUGUGUGCCACCCGGUCAAGGCGUUAGACUUCAGGACACCGCGGAACGCUAAGAUCGUCAACGUCUGCAACUGGAUCCUCUCAUCAGCCAUUGGGCUGCCUGUGAUGUUCAUGGCCUCUUCUGCCAUGACCUCCUCCAACAUUAUCGACUGUAAGCUGAUUUUCCCCCAUCCCUCCUGGUACUGGGAGACCCUUAUGAAGAUAUGCGUGUUCAUCUUUGCCUUCAUCAUGCCUGUCCUUAUCAUCACCGUGUGCUACGGACUGAUGAUCCUGCGACUCAAGAGUGUUCGAAUGCUGUCAGGCUCACAGGAAAAAGACAAGAACCUCAGAAGAAUCACCCGCAUGGUCUUGGUCGUAGUAGCUGUCUUCAUCGUCUGCUGGACCCCAAUUCACGUCUUUGUCAUCAUCACAGCUCUGAUAAAUAUUCCCAGCUCCACCCUCCAGACUAUCACUUGGCACUUCUGCAUUGCCCUGGGCUACACCAACAGUAGUCUGAACCCAGUUCUUUAUGGCUACCUUGAUGAGAACUUCAAGCGCUGCUUCCGUGAAUUCUGCACCCCCAGUCCAUCAGUGCUGGAGAUACAAAACUCAUCCAGAACUGGAGCCACCAGCCGCAGAGUCCCAAAGCGCGAAAGUAACAGCCCAAACACGGGCGAGAGGUCGAAUCAACAGGUAUGACUAGCCUUGGAGGGGUCGUCGGUGGAUUCUCGCUAUUGCGGAGGAGCUGCCAACGACGAUCUCAACUCUGAAGUAACGCAGGUCACCACAGGGCUUUAAUUACUGAACGGAAACCACACAUGUAUGCCUCAAAUACAGAACAAGGCUGACACUGAGGAGCACGGAUGACCUCUCCCACUCCCUGCUCUCCUUUGUAUUUCUGCUUGGACUCGUGUUAUAAACCUGCAAAUCCAUGCUUGAGGAUUAAAAAACAAAUUUGUUUGUUUUUAAAGGAAAGGACAGGUGUAGACAGAUAUUUUCUGGUAACAAGACUAUUAAAUUAAUUGAUCUAUAAACCCACUUUUACAACCCGUUAUUGUGGUUCUUUCUGCCUUAUUAAUCUUAGCCACUGGGCAUAGACAUCAGCUUAUCUCUAAUGCUUUAUGAUGAGCAAACAAAUUCAUGUUCAUUUGCUUCCAUGCUACUUUGGCUCCAGAUGUAUUUUAUAGGAGAAAUUUUGCUUAAAACUGUUGUAAAGAGUGGGUUUGUAUUUGUCACGGCUGAAAGGCCUCUCUGCCUGUAUAAAGACUUGACUGAAUGUGAGGUAAAUACAAAAUUAUUUAUCUCAGCUGUGCUCUUCAACCUGCUUUUGUAUGGUUGCAGCAGGGGUUCUCUUGACCACCUGAACACAAAUCAUUGAUCUGCUCUGCGCAGCUACUGUUUCAGCCUCUUCAGGGUAUGCCAUGUGUUGCUUUGCAGCUCAGCCCAGUCAGCAUUUGUUCUUUUCAUUUAAAAUACUGCUAAAAAUGGUUAAUAAAACUGGCACCUGGGUAUUGUAUGAUCUUUUUUUCUGCAAAGCCAGAGGAACUUCUGAAUGUACAUAAAGGGAACCAUUUGUGUUUGUCGCAGUGACUUAUUGUGCCAAACCGUGCUUUAAACCAGCAGACAAGAUUUCUCUGCCUGUUUGUGCAGUAUGCAAACUGUGCCAUUUAAGUACAAGUACCUGGCCCUGCUAGUGUAUGAUUAACCACAGUUACAGCAGCUAUGGCUUUUAAAUUGAGUAAUUUCUCCUGCAGAGAACCUAAAAGUGAGCCAAGCAGGAGUGUGCAGGAAAAUUGUCUUGUAUCUUUAUGUAUAUGCUUAUGCUGACAUGUCGUGUAACUACAUGCAAAAUGCCUUGCUCUGCUUGUUACUCUCUGAACCAUAUUUUUUUAAGGUUCUGUAAAAAUGAACUAUUUCUAUAAAUGGUGUAUGUGAAGUAGCGUAAGCAUUCAUCUGCUUAUUUAUAGAUGGUAAAAGCAAAAUCAUGAAAAUUCUUGUCUUAGAACUGAUUUUUUUUGUAUCCCUAAAACUGUGUUUGACUGCAAACGGUUUAAAAUCAAUGUUAAGUGGACAAAUGUUCUGCUUUGUGUAAAAUGUGCUGCUGAUGUUACACUGUGAAGAUAAUUGGCCCAUUCAAACAUACAUGGCUGUAAAAAACUUGACUGUAGUUGUUCAGUGUUGCCUCGUAAUAUGACAAUGAAAAGAAGCAGCAACGUUUUCUUCUGAGCUGCCACAUGCUGUAAGUCCCAUGACGUGUUUGUUAAGAGCUUUUUAGAGCACUAAGCUCAAAGAAAUGCAGCAACAUUUCCAUAUAUCCAGUGGAGCAUUAAACAUGAAUGUAAUUGCUUCAUUUUAUCUCCAGGGAGACUUGUAACAUCUCCAGGAACUUAAGUAAGCCACAGCACAUACACUGUUACAUACUUUACAAACAAUAUUUACUACCAACUCUUUUUUGGCACUGUGGGUAAGAUCCAACCCAUUUAGGUUUCUGAAUCAAACACCCUUAAUCUUACAUGUAAAGUUGGAUCCAAAAUUAGCAAUGCCAGGCCCCUUAAAUGUAUAAAUAUUUUUUCCAAUAAAAUUUCCACCUGAAGGAUCCAGACUGUUGCACAUCGCAAAUUAUUUUUUUUUUUGGCUCGUGUUAGGUUCAGAACUAACAUACUGUAGAGCUUUUAUUUUUUGUUUUGAAAAUAAAGUUUCAUUGCAAGCUU